AUGGGUGGGGAAUUUGAUGAGGUCAUAGUGGUGCAAACUGUUUCUCCGUGGAGAGCUCUUCCAAAGGUGGGUGCCAGUGAAAGCACCCAGAUCACAGAGCUGAUGAGAGAACUUCACAAGACCGUCCACCUGGAACACUUAUCACGGGGUCUAACAGAGAGCAAAGAGCAGCGCCAAGCAGACGCCGGCACGGGAGACACGGCGUCGGCUCCCACCGGCGGCUCCACCGCCUGGUCAGUCACCAGUCACGCGCGCCUGCUCCUGGGAGCAGCUUCUGAAGGAAGAAUUCGAGACCGCACGGCCGACCCGGGAGCGAGGCGUGUAGACACACCCGGGCCCAGGCGCUGCUAG